AUGGAGUUGAUCGACCGCCUGCGCAACGCUGUCCUGCAGCAACGAGAGGACGAGGUGUUGAACUUCUUCACCAAAGUGAGCGACUUGAGAGACUUCAUUUCGGCUCGAGAGCCUGCUGGCGUGAACGUCACUGCCAAGAUGUGCUGCUACAGCGCCGAACGAUUGAGUCAGGAUAACGGAUCCCGCAUUACACUGAGGAACGUCUAUGCUCAGCCGAUGUUCAACGAGGUCCAAGAAACGCUGAGCGAGCUGAACUCCGUGAACCGCAAGCCGUUCAUCGCCCAGAUAACAGUCUGGGAUUCGAAGAAGAAGAUCGGAUCGCCUAAAUCUGGGCGCGUGCAUUUUCGUGUUGGCGCUGUGUACGAGUUCAAGCAAGUACAUAGUGUCGGCUACUUCUCCGACAUUGCAAAGGGCAGUGUGCAGCUUGAGGAACGCACCCCGGAUCGGGUCGUGGAAAAGUCGGCUCCGCUCCUGAAGCGCAAGGUUGGACAGGAGCCGUUGGGACGGCGCCCCAAAGCUUGA